CUUAAAAAAAAAUCCCCCUUUUCUCUCUCUCGCUCUUUCUCUCGCAGAGUUGAACCUGUUUCAGCUCAGUUUCUCUCCAAUCAUGGCUAAUGAACUCAUGGAUCACGGGUUUCUGAAACAUGGCUGUUUUCGAGCUUGUGUCCAAUGGCUUACCAUGUGACUGGCGAUUCAUUGACGGUUAGAGCGAGAAAGAAACGUGGUUCUUUUUACUGCAAAAUUGCCUCGUUUUCCUAGUUGGGUGUUUGAGUUCUCAGAAACAAUGGAGUGAAUCCAACUCGGGUUCAAUGGCUUAUCCUUUGGAAGAUCUUUCAGAUAUGCUUAGAGUGAGAAAGACUAAAGGUCGUUGGGUUGUUUACUUUGCCAUCCUUCGCCGAAUUGGGGAUUUUGAUUUUUUGUGAAACAAUAACAGAGAGAAACCAAUUGGGUCUAAUUAUUCGUUAUGCCUAAGCCUAUUCCGAGAUAAUUAGAGAGAGAAAGUGAAGUGGUUCCGAGAGAGAAACCAGGUGUGGUUGUUUUCCCUUUAAAGCUAAUCUCUGGAUUGGGAUUUUGGGUUUAUUGAAGAAUGGAGGAAGGAAGCGAGGAUAGUUACAGGUUGUUAUCUUCUGAGUCGAGAUGGGUGGAUGGGAGCGAGGUCGAUUCUGAGUCGCCGCCGUGGUCUGUAGAGGACCAGGUUUUGACAAAUGAAGAGCUUGGAACAGUUAGAAGAAGGCUCACCAAGAAACCAAAGAGAUUAGAUUCUUUGGAUGUUGAAGCCAUGGAGAUUUCUGAUGCUCAUGGCCAUCAUUCCAAGGAAGUGUUGUCUUGGCAUACCCUUGCUUUGGCAUUUCAAACCCUUGGUGUGGUUUAUGGUGAUUUGGGGACAAGUCCUUUGUAUGUCUUCAGCGAUGUGUUCAGCAAGGUGCCCAUAAAUGGAGAUGAUGAUGUCUUAGGAGCAUUAUCACUAGUCAUGUAUACAAUUGCUCUUCUUCCUUUUGCGAAAUAUGUGUUCAUAGUGCUCAAAGCUAAUGACAGUGGUGAAGGAGGCACUUUUGCCUUGUAUUCCUUGAUAUGUCGGUAUGCGAAAGUGAAUCUUCUUCCAAAUCGUCAGCCUGCUGAUGAACAUAUAUCAAGUUUCAAGCUAAGGCUACCCACUCCCGAGUUGGAAAGGGCCUUGAAUAUCAAAGAGAAAUUGGAAAAUAAACCUUCCUUAAAAACUCUUCUGUUGCUGUUGGUUCUUAUGGGAACUUCCAUGAUAAUUGGGGAUGGUAUUCUGACUCCAGCCAUGUCAGUGAUGUCGGCGGUGAGUGGCUUACAAGGUGAAAUUCCUGGUUUUGAUGCAGAUGCUGUCGUGAUAGUCUCGAUCAUAAUCCUUGUGCUAUUAUUCAGCAUACAGAGGUUUGGUACAGGCAAAGUAGGUUUCACAUUUGCCCCUGCAUUGGCGCUAUGGUUCUUUUGUCUGGGAUCAAUUGGAGUAUACAACAUAGUUAAGUAUGAUAUCACUAUUUUGAGAGCAUUCAAUCCAGCUUACAUUUAUAUAUUUUUCAAAAGAAACAGCAGAAAAGCAUGGUCGGCUCUGGGAGGCUGCGUUUUGUGCAUAACAGGGGCCGAAGCCAUGUUUGCUGAUUUGGGUCAUUUUACUGUAUUAUCUAUCCAGAUUGCCUUCACAUGUGUGGUGUUCCCCUGUCUGCUUCUAGCUUACAUGGGUCAAGCAGCAUAUCUCAUUAAACACCCAUUGUCAGCGGAGAGGAUAUUCUACGAUUGUGUCCCAGAUGGUUUUUUCUGGCCUGUCUUCGUAAUAGCCACACUUGCUGCUAUGAUUGCAAGUCAAGCUAUGAUAUCGGCGACCUUCUCAUGCAUAAAGCAGUCUAUGGCUCUUGGCUGCUUUCCUAGGUUGAAGAUAGUACACACUUCCAAGAAGUUCAUGGGUCAGAUCUAUAUUCCUGUGAUCAACUGGUUCUUGAUGAUUAUGUGCAUAGUUGUGGUAGCCAGUUUCAGAAACACAACUGACAUUGCCAACGCAUAUGGGAUAGCUGAGGUAGGUGUAAUGCUUGUGAGCACAACAUUGGUUACAUUGGUUAUGCUUCUAAUAUGGCAAACGAACCUAUUCCUAGCCCUAUGCUUCCCAAUCAUAUUUGGGACUGUCGAGCUCAUAUAUUUAUCUGCGGUCCUAACCAAGAUCAAGGAAGGUGGUUGGCUUCCCCUUGCCUUUGCAUCAUGCUUCCUAUGCAUUAUGUACACCUGGAACUAUGGGAGCGUACUCAAGUAUCAAAGUGAAGUGCGUGAUAAGAUCUCUAUGGACUUCAUGCUCGACCUCGGCUCGACCUUAGGCACAGUCAGAGUCCCUGGUCUUGGGCUCUUGUACAAUGAAUUGGUUCAAGGAAUUCCCUCUAUAUUUGGUCAAUUCUUAGUGAGCCUACCAGCUGUGCACUCUACAGUAAUCUUUGUUUGCAUAAAAUAUGUUCCAGUGCCUGUAGUCCCUCAAGAGGAGAGAUUCCUUUUUAGGCGGGUUUGCCCUAAGGACUACCAUAUGUUUCGGUGCAUUGCACGUUAUGGUUACAAGGAUGUGAGGAAAGAGGAUCAUCUUUCGUUUGAGCAACUCUUGAUGGAGAGCUUGGAGAAGUUCCUCAGAAGGGAGGCUCAGGAACUCGCUCUAGAGAGCGGGAGGGUGGAGAUUGAUUUAGAGAGUGAGAGUUCGGUUGGCAGUCAUGAUAUUAGACCUAGAAGUGAAGGCAAUGAGCUUUGGGUUCCUUUGAUGGGUACUAGUGGGUUUGAUGGAGGCUCAUCGGUGGCUGAAGAUUAUGGGCUUGAAGUGGGCUCAUCGAUUGCUCGAGUGGGUCUUGGGCAUGGGUUUGGGUCGGGACCAUCUUUACCAACUACUGUGAUACCGACCUUGGAUGAGGACCCAGGACUCGAAUAUGAGUUAUCGGCUUUAAAGGAGGCGAGGGACUCAGGGAUCACCUAUUUGCUGGCACAUGGGGAUGUGAGGGCAAGGAAGGACUCGUGGUUUUUUAAGAAGCUUGUGAUAAACUAUUUCUAUUCUUUCAUGAGGAAGAAUUGCAGGGCUGGGACCGCCAACAUGACUGUGCCUCACAUGAACAUCAUCCAGGUUGGCAUGACAUACAUGGUAUGAUACAAGAUAAAUGUCUUAACAUAAACAUAAAUGGCAUCACAUUCAUGGUUCCGAUUCAAAUUUGGUGGUUAUGAAACUAAAUUUAACAUCUUGGGUAUUGCCUCUUAGUAUGGAGCUGUGUUUUGAACAUUUUGGGGCUUGAGUCUGUAGCUCACUUGAAUGUGUUUCUUGUUGCAACCUAAAGGCUAUUAAUUUAUAAUUAACCAAAAAGGAAACUAGUGCAGCAUUUGUAAAUCGGUUGCAAUCAAAUGGUUGGCAGCUCUUACUUCUUGUCUCGGAUAUUUUGUAUUCCUUAUGAUAUGUUAGAUUGACAAGCUGGAUCUGUGAUUGCACAA